UAUUUGCACUAUUUUACCUUUUCAACAGGUCCUAAUUCACAGGGUGAUGACUUGAAUCGGAUAAAGGGUCUUCGUAGGCGUCGCCGGCAGACCAGCGCACAGAAGCACAAAAGGUCCACACAUGCAUGCUCCAAUUCAGGCAAACCAGCUCUUGUCAAUCCAACUACUCGUGGCCUUCGUCGCCGCCCAAUUACCGGUAAAGGUGUGGCUGAGGCAGUAUCGACUCAUUCUGUUCCAAAUACCAUCUACGGCGGGACAAACGUUGCCAUCGGUCACAGAACUCGUAACCGUAGUGGAUAUUGCAACCAAAAGGCUGCAUCAAACAUUGCCGCCAGCCAGGUCGAUACAGUUAUGAGUUGUUUUGAUCGUCCUACUGCUGGUUCUGUCGACUCAGAACGGCCAGACCAAAGUAUGCCUCUGACGUUGUCGUUGUCAAAAGUCUCCUCGGCUCAACCGUCAAUGACACGAGUCUUCGACGGUUUGCAGAUUGACGAGACAGCGACUAAUGAUGCUGUUCCACUUCCGCCUGACCAUACCUUUCUACUCACCAACUCGAUUCUCGAAAGUACUAUGUUAACUGAAUGCGGACAAUUGAAUGCCAAAAAAGCUGUACCAUUUGUCCGACCUGAAAAGGCAUCAGCUGUUCAAUUCACCGAUGUACUCACAACUCCUUCGUCCAAACUCCCCAUCGAGUUCUCACUAGACUCGUCUGAUGGUGUCAAUUGUGAAAAGCCCUCUCUACCUCAAAUGAAUAGCUCACAGUCCAAGCUCGCAAAAAGCAAGAUGACUGCCAAUUUAAAGUGCAGCUCUGAUGAGUCGAUUUAA